CAGAGGCUCGGAGCGCCUUUAUAUGCGCUGCAGCUGUGGUUGAAUACCUCACGAGCACCCAAGAGUGACUCAGAACAGAGCAGAAAGGGCUGAACAGGGAAGGGAAUUGCUCUCUCCUCGCCCACCCAACUUGGGUGCCUCCAGACUCCUUGGGCAGCUUGAAUUAGGGUGCCUCCUUUUCUUUCUCCCGGAUAAGCCCCUUCGGAGAGGUCGAAGCCACUGUUGGGGGUACAGCUCUUUCCUCAAGCAAGGCUCGCCGCCAUGGAGAAGGCGCACGGGAUAUUCGGCGACAAUUUUGGGGGCUUCCUGAGGCCACGCAGCGAGCCCCUGGGCUUCUCAGGCAAGGCGGCUGUGGGAACGGGGCGUGUGUGUUUGUGUGCCUGGGUGUGAUCCUGUCCACACCAUACAUUUAAAGUGCAUGGCUUCCCUCAAAGCAGCCUGGGAACUGUAGUUUGUUGAGGGCAGCGCUGUGGUGGGUAAACUACGUUUCCUGGGAUUCUUUGGGAGGGGAGCCAAGACUGUUAAAAGUGGUGUAAAGGUGAUCUGAAGGUGGAUGUGGCUUCUAAGGCAAAUUUGCUCCCACAUUCUCACGCCUUGAACUGCAACAGAGCCAACCAAAAAUAUAUUAGGAGAUUCAGCACUAAAAUGCUGGCGAUUUUCUACAGUGACUUUAUUUAUAAAAAGAAUCUGCAAACUAAUGUGGAGCACUGAACUUCCAAAGGGGUAAAUGAUAAACUGGAAGAAUCCAAAGAUGCAGAUCAUUCCAUCCUUAACCCAAUUGGACCUUCAGGUUGGACGUGGCUCCCCAGGACAGAAGGAGCUACCUUGUGAAGUCUCUCAGACUACUGCUUCCUCCUUCCUCCACCUCUGAGGCGCUGCCCAAGGUCUCAGGCAGAGGUCAUUUGGCUGUAGAUUGGACCUGGGACCACAGGAAGCUGCAUUCAGCUGAGUCCAGCCACUGUUCCAUCCUGCUCAGUCUCGACUCCUUCCCAGCCCUGCUUGGAGAUGCCGUCGUGGGAAACUGAACCUGGGGCGUUCUGCAGGCAAAGCAUAUGCUCUAACCACUGAGCAACCACUGCCCUUCCCUUAUUCAGACGGGAACAGGCCUGAAACAAUGAUGGGGGAGGGAGGGCAGCUGGGGCAGACAUCUGCUGAUUUUCUUACUGAUGCUCCACUCUGGGGCUCUUUUCUGUGGCCCAAAGAGGUGUGAUAGUAUCUGGCCCUCUGGACCUGGUCAGUGUAGUGUAGUGAAUCAGGCCAAAGGGACCCCACCAAUGUAUCCCAGCCUCCUGUUCUCACAGCGGCUGACCAGAAGCCCCCACCCCAUGGGAAACCAGAGCAACUCGACCUCUGUGAGUGUAGAACAUUGCCAAUGUGGACGGUAAACAGGAUUCACUUGGUUGUCCUCCAGAAUUUGUCCAGUUCUCUUUUAAAGCCAUCCAAAUUGUUCGGCAUUGCUGCUUCCUGCGGGAGGGAGUUCCACAGUUUAACUGUUGUCACUGGGUUUCCUUUACGCUGUCCUGAAUCCUCUAAACCGGCUCUCUCACUUCCAGCUCCAGUAUUCAGAGAGGGAGGGAGGACACCUGUCUCUCUGUCCACUUUCUCCAGUAUCCUGCCCCCAGCAGACAGAUGCCCUGAACCUUUUCUUUUAUAUAUAUAUACAUUUUUAUUAGUUUUUAACAUAUUAAUUAGCAUUCAUACAACAGAACUUCACAUCUUACACAAUUAUUAUUUUUGGGGGGGCUUCCGUCAACACCUCUGAUGGUUUUCCGUUCUUAUCACUUAUUAUGCAUUUCUUAAUUUCAUAUUACCUUUAAUUAUCUUUAACUAAUAAUUCUCCUCAUUAUCUUUUUUGCAAUAUUUCAAAUAAUUCGCCGUACAAAACUUCUUGCAAACCUACUAGCGUAAUCUGUUCAUCACAAUUACUUUUCAAAUAAUCCGUAAAUUUACUCCAGUCUUCUGAGAAUCUCUGGUCCCGAAGCUUUCGAAUCCUUCCUGUUAGUUUAUCUAAUUUUGCAUAGUCCAUCAAUUUCAACCUCCAUUCUUCUUUCAUCGGUAAUUCUUCUUGCUUCCAGUUUGGGGCCAAUGCUCUGAACCCUUCCGUGGCCCAGAGAACAGAUCCUUGUGUCGAGGGAUCUGGGGUUCACGUUGACCUUGUCCCUCUUUUUCACAGCGGGCCGUGCUGGAGGGAUGGGGAACAUCAAGACCUUAGGGGACACGUACCAGUUUGCAGUGGACGUCAGCGACUUCUCCCCUGAAGACAUCAUCAUCACCACGUCGAAAAACCAGAUUGAAGUCCACGCAGAGAAGGUGAGAGGCCCCUCCGAGUCCUCCCCCUCCUCCUCUUAGAUCCAGCGGGAAAUAGCUUUUAAGGGAGCUCUGGACUACAACUUCCAUGAGCCACAGAGGUGUGGUGCUGGGGCUGAUGGGAACUGUAGUCCAAAGGAUCUGGGGAAGGAAGGGUGGACCACAGGGGUGCCCAGCUCUCCUCCAGACCAACCGUUCUGCCUUCUUAGGGCAAAAUCUAUUCCCAAAGAACCUCUGAGUUUGGGGCUGGGGAAAACACAGUAACUUUAACGCACAUAGGUAAAGGUAAAGGGACCCCUGACCAUUAGGUCCAGUCGUGGGCGACUCUGGGCUCAUCUCACUUUAUUGGCCAAGGGAGCCGGUGUACAGCUUCCGGGUCAUGUGGCCAGCAUGACUAAGCUGCUUCUGGCAAACCAGAGCAGCGCACGGAAACGCCGUUUACCUUCCCGCCGGAGCGGUACCUAUUUAUCUACUUGCACUUUCAGGUGCUUUCGAACUGCUAGGUUGGCAGGAGCAGGGACCGAGCAAUGGGAGCUCACCCCGUCGCGGGGAUUCGAACCGCCGACCUUCUGAUCAGCAAGUCCCAGGCUCUGUGGUUUAACCCACAGCGCCACCCGCAUCCCAAUCUCAGCCCUUUUAUUAAAACUGAACUUCCGGGCUGCUCUGUUUAUUAGCCCCAGGGUGCCUGGCUUUGGUAGGGGCAGCCUCGGCUCUGUGGUUUAACCCACAGCGCCACCCGCUUCCCUUUUUUAAAGAGCAUAGCUUCCCCCAAAGGAUUAAGGGAACUGUAGUUGGGAAUUAAGAGGGUACUGUAGGAUACAUUCAGCAUCCUGCUCUCACAGUGGCCAAUCGGAAACCUGAGGGGCAAACUAUGGUUCACAUAAUUCUUGGGAAAGUGCUUGAAAAGUGCUUUCAGCCUGAAAUGAGAUGGGGUUAAGCAGUGCCCUUUUUGCAGAGGUGCUGGAUGUUGCUGGCAUAAGAAAGGGCACCCAGGAUUCUGCCAGGGAGUGGGGGGGGGGGCUCCUCCUGGACUUUCUCUCCCUGUCUGCCUGGCAUCCUUCCCCAGUGACAAAUCCUCUCUGCCUUUGCUGGGGACACAGUGCUCUCUCCUCCUGCCACUCCUCCGGGGCAGGAACGCAAUGUUCCAGACAGUAGGCAUGGUGACAGAAGCACUGAACCAUCUUCCUGGCUCUCUGGCUGCCUUGAAAAUCCUGGAGGGAUUUUGGGAGGAAGACAUGAGCUUUGCGGGCCAGGAAAUGGGUGCACCUGUUCUGGUUUGCGGUCCCAAGGGGGGCUGACGGGAGAAGGGGCAACUUGGAGAGCUUGGCAUUGGGAAGUGAGGCUGUGGAAGCAGAAUGAGUUGGCCCCAUUGUACAGACCGGGCAACUGAGGCAGGGAGGUGUGGUUUCUAUCAGGGACACCCACACACCACAUACCACAAGGAUCACAGCAUAGCAAGAGCUGAAAAGUGGACAGAUUCCAGCCAGGCUGCGUAUACGUCAUGCAUUUAAAAACACAUGACUUUCCUGCAAAGAAUCCCGAGAACUGUAGUUCACCCAAUACAGAUCACCCUUAACAAACUACAGUUCCCAGGAUUCUUGGGGGGGGGGAGGAGUUGGGCAAUGAAACUCCUGGAGUUCAGUUAGUCACAUCCCUUAAUGUCAAUGGGCUUACUCUGAGUAAGGCUAGCAAUGCAUACCACCCAGUGUCCCCCUUCCAGGUCCAGAUUGACUGAGCUUCUGCACGGAGGCUGCAUCCCCUGCCCUCUGCCCAUGCUCUGGAGCCCACCCCCAUCCCCCACUGGGGAGACUCCUUGUCCUCCCCUAUACACCACUGCAACCCAUCUCUGUGGUCACGGCCCUACACUGAUUGACUUAUUGACUGAACUAUUUAUAGGCAGAUGGAUUGAACUAUUUAUAGGCAGCUCAUGGAUGCUUUAGCCGAGAUUCCUGCAUUGCAGGGGGUUGGACUAGAUGACCCUUGGGUCCCUUCCAACUCUAUGAUUCCACAGAAAUGAAGGAAGGUGGUAUACACCACCAAAAAAAUCACAAUAAAAUAAAUGAAAGCAUCAAUAAAUACUGGUUGGUAGACAAAGUCCUGCCUGAGCAGUAACACUUUUUUGGGGAGACAUCUAAAAGACAGCAGUGACGAUUCCUGUGGCAGGGAGUUCCGCAGGGCCUGCUGUGCUAAAGGCUGACCCAUCCUCAGAGGGAAAAGGGAGGCAGACUAAACAUCCCCAGUCCAGGCCCCCGCUGACUCCUCUCUCCUCUCUCUUUGCCCUGCUCAGCUGGCAGCGGACGGGACCAUCAUGAAUACGUUCACCCACAAAUGCCAGCUGCCUGAGGAUGUGGACCCCACUUCGGUCACCUCUGCCCUGGGCGGGGACGGCUCCCUGACCAUCAAGGCUCAAAAGCGCCCCGGCAAGCACAUCGAGCACGUCCAACAGACCUUCCGGACUGAAAUCAAAAUCUGAGCAUCCCCCAUCACCCCAUAGCAACUGGGGGACGGCCUGGGGGUGAGGGGGGGGGUUGGUUGGUUUCGGAAGGUGAGCGAAGGGGUUGGGCUCACCACUCCCCCCCUUUGGCCAUUCUCCUUUGUAUAUAAUAGAUUGCCUUUGGUUUGUUAUAAAUUAUUGGGGAUACCGGUAGCUGGUGUGACAUCUGCUUUUUCUCUUGUGGGCGACUGUUUCUUUUCAGAGAAUUUUUUUCCCAAAGGGAAGGAGAGUCAUCACGUUCGUCUCUGCAUGUGUGGGAAUCCUGGGGUACAGUUCCGGUUGCUUUGCCUCAAAGAGGAUAUUGCUGUAGCAUUCGGGGGUUUUAUAGUUUAAGGAAAAGGUGAGUGAAAAAGGGAAAUGCUAGAAGUCUACAAAAUUAUGCAUGGCAUGGGGAAAGCUUGAUAGGGAGUAGUUUUUCCUCCCUCUCUCAUAACGCUAGAACUCGUGGUCAUCCAGUGAAGCUGAAAGUUGGGAGAUUCAGGACAGAUAAGAGAAAGCAGGAUUGAACGGUGGAACUCACCGCCACAGGAUGUAGCGACGGUCACCAACGUGGAUGGCUUUAAAAGGGGGUUAGAAAAUCCGUGGAGGGAAAGGGCUGUAGUAGCUCAACGGCAGGACACCUGCUGGGCAUGCAGAAGGCCCCAGGUUCAGUCCCUGGCAGCAUCUCCAGGCAAGGCUGGGAGAGAGUCCCGCUGCCAGUCAGUGCAGAUACCGCUGAGCUAGAUCAGCGAAGGAUUCAGGGCAGUGCAGGCAGUUCCACUGCACAGGGCACCGAUCAGGUACAAAAUAAGAAAACCCAGAAUUGAGAAGUUCCAUGGGGCCGGGAUACCAAACUUUGGCCAUGCAUAGGAUGUCAUAUUAUGCAAGACUAUUAAAGUCCAUUGUUGGCUAGGGGGACCCCAUGCAUGGCAAAGGACAAAGCAGCUUCCUCUGUUCUAGCAUCUCCUAGGCAUCAUAUCAAUGCUCUGCCUUCAAGCAUCAUGCCUUCGAGGUCCAGUUGCUGGGAAAUCCCAAGCAAAGGGGGUGCUUAUUAUUAUUAUUAUUUUAGCUAGUAAGCCUUCUCUUUAUUAAACUGUUGCAACAGAGUCCUCACUCCUCCCAUGCAGGGAGGGAGAGAGGCACCCAGGACAGUGGUGUGCAAGGUCUUAUAUAGACUUUUGAAAUUGCCUCCCCUGUCGCUCAAGACCCCCCCCCCCAAAAAAAAACAUCAUACAUACAUCACAGAAAGAGGUGGUCCCCAGCAGAAAUACAACACAGGGGGAGGUCAACAGCAGAAAACCUAUCUGUCAAGAUACCUGAUAAUGGUUACUGAUUGCUUGACCUGGGUAUCCUGGCUAUUCUUUUUGAGAUGCUAAAUACUUAGUUCCUGAAUCCAGGUCACAGACUCACCCUAUUCAUACACAAAUACGCACUAAAGACAGGAGUUGUGAGCAAAGAGACAAUGGGGAGAAUAUCUGAGGUCAAUUUGAGAGACACUAUUUCAGACACGUGGUUUAUAUACUUUAUGAACAUAUGGUUUAUAUAUAUGAGACCUUAGAAUUCCUAUAACACAUUUAAAACACAUUCAAAGGUUUUAAGAAAAAAUAAUCUCUAUU